UUGCAGCAAGGCGUGCUGACGGUGCGGCUGGGCGACUUUGGGACGUAUGUGAUCAACAAGCAGACCCCCAACCGCCAAAUCUGGAUGUCCUCGCCGCUCAGCGGGCCCGUGCGCUACGACUGGGGCCCGGGCAAGUGGGUGUAUCACCGCGACGGCCACGACCUGCACACGCGGCUGAGCGAGGAGCUGAAGAAGCUGACGGGGCACGAGCUGGACCUGUCGCCCUGCUUCGCCUGCGGCAAGCUCAACGUGUGCCAGGGGGAGCAGUGCGACAACGGCAUGAACACCUAG